AUGCACAACGGACCGGUCAUGGUUGUUAGGUGGGCGAGUAAUGGAAAGUGGCUAGCAAGUGGGAGCGACGAUACACUGGUCAUGAUAUGGGACUUGGACCCCAACGGUGGCGGCAAAGUCUGGGGGUCGGAUGAUAUCAACAUUGAAGGAUGGAAAGCUCUUCGUCGCUUGACGGGACAUGAGAGUGAUGUCGUCGACUGCGCUUGGGCACCAGACGAUCGCUAUCUAGCCUCGGUCGGUCUGGAUUCUCGCAUCUUCAUCUGGUGCGGCUAUACCCUAGAAUGCGUCCGACGAUUAGAUGGCCACCAAGGGUUCGUCAAGGGAGUUUGCUGGGAUCCAGUCGGAGAGUUUCUCGCGACGCAAUCAGACGACAAGUCGGUCAAAAUCUGGCGCUCGACGGAUUGGACCCUACAAGCGACUGUCACCAAGCCGUUCGAAACCAGUCCAGGAAGCGCCUUUUAUAAUCGUCUCAGUUGGUCUCCAGACGCCUCCUAUCUCUGCGCCUCCAACGCGAUGAACAACAAUGGCGCAGUCUUUGUGGCUGCCGUUAUCGAGAGAGACACCUGGAACUCCAACAUGUCGCUUGUCGGGCAUGAGAACACUGUCGAGGUAGCUGCUUACAACCCACGUCUCUUCAAAAGAGAUUCCUCCAUUCCGCUUCCAGCCAACUCCCCCGCAAAACGAUCAGUUGUGAGUGUGAGUGACCUGGUCGACGACGAACCUCCGGAGACGGUCUUUUCUGUCGUCGCCUUGGGCGCGGAUGAUCGCUCCAUCUCCGUAUGGCGGACCACCGACGCCAGACCACUCGUCGUCGCAAAAGAGGUCUUUGACCGACAAAUACUCGAUCUAGGCUGGGCUUGGGAUGGACAAAGCAUUUGGGCUUGUAGUAGUGAUGGUACUAUUGCCGUCCUAGACUUUUCAGUCUCCGAGGGAGCUCAUGGACGCAAGGGAGAAAUGGAGGGCAUCACGUCUGCACAAGAGACCAAGGAUUACAUCAAGAGCUUUGAAUUUCCAUGGCCUCCACCCGUCGAAGCAAACUAUGCAGGUUAUGCGAACGGUUACCAACCGAAUGCACAAGUUCAAUAUCAGCACAAUGCCUAUGCUCCAGCGCCGUAUCAAGACUCUGGAUAUGGCGGCUCGCGACCAGGUAUGCCAACGCCGAUGCAGUCAUCUGUUGGUGUGGGCCAUGCUCCACCGCCCAUCAACCAAGCUCAAAAAGUGACCAUGACAAAAAGUGGCAAGAAGCGCAUUCAACCGACGUUUCUUGGAGGUGGCUCGGCGGUCAUGACUAGCUCUGGCGCCAUGCCGCCUCCAGCGAGUUCGCCAAUGAAAAAUGGAUAUGCACCUUCACCGAUCGGUGCACCUGGAGAAGCCCCGCGUGGAGGGAGAGGGAUGGAUUGGGCGGCAGACAGUUACAAUCAGCCUAGCGGCAGUGGAUCUCGGAGCUCCCGGUCGGGUUCGAUGUCACGUCCAGCGGAUGGUCGUCCACCUGGACAUGGAUUCCAGCUACCUCCUGGGUCGCGGGUCCCUGGGACGGGUGAAGCGCGUGUGCUGAUGCAGCCUCCCAAUGUCAGUCCUCGGCGACAAAAUGCACCAGUGGGCGCGGGCAAUUAUCCAUAUGUUCUUGGUCUAGAGGUACCAGUGGUUCGAUCCCACGUCUCGGCGGGUCAUCCGGGCGAUUUGGUCAUUGAAGGUCGGAACCCAGAUGAGCCGAACGCACCCACGGAAAUUGUCUGCGCACACGGGUCUUCUAUCCUCUGGGCCGACUUUGUUCCCGCGAGAGUCCUCGCUGUUGUCAAAACACCUGCCCUUUACGCCGCAAGUCUGGAAGAUUCGUCUAUCAUCGUCUAUACCCCUGCUGGAAGACGUGCUAUGCCCACCCUUUCCCUCGAUGCGCCCAUCUCCAUUAUAGCCGCCGCUGGCAAAUACCUCAUGGCAAUAUGCGUUAACGGGUCUUUCCACACCUGGAACGUUCACACCCGGACCUCAACCAUACCUCCCACCUCUAUCGCCAAUCAGGUUCAUGGUGGAACCGGCGGAAUCACGCAAGCGAAAAUCUACGAAAACGGCGUGUCUCUCAUCACGCUCGCCUCUGGCACCUCGAUUGCUUGGGAUCCAGAUCUGUCCGCUUGGGUCCGACUAGCUGAAAACUGGUGGCGACAAUCCACUUCUCAGCCGCCACGAACACCGUCGAGACCAGGUCGACAAUCCGAGCCAGGCCUAUCGCCUAUCGCUGCGCAUCAUACUGGAUCAGAGGAGACGCCGUUGAGUGCUGCUCUGCGCUUGGGCGCUCUUGAGACGAGGCUGUAUGCGUCCAAGCUGCUCGGCAGUGCGGCGGAUUAUCGCGAGGUUCUCAUGACGUAUGCUGCAAAGCUUGCAGAGGAUAAUUUGGUCGAGAGAGCGGACGAGCUCGUGAGAGAGUUGUGUGGACCUGUGUUUUGGGAUCCAACGAGGCCGGAGAUGGGCACAUCAAUCAAAUGGAACCCCAAGAUUUUGGGCUUGAACAAGCGAGACUUGCUUCAAGAAGCUUUGCCGAUUCUUGCUCGUGGACGAGCACUGUCUCGCAUGGCUCAAGAUUGGCAAGUUCUCCUUGCAAGAAUCGAGACGGAGAGAAACGAAGCGUAA